AGCAUAAGCCGUCAAAGCCUUCCUGCCUUCCUGCUCUAUUUUCAUUCGCCGCCACCGCACAGCCUUGGCCGCUUCCUUCACCGCCAUCCCGCCAGUGUACUACGGCCGAGCCUCCGGUGUUCCACCAUGACAGCUCUGCUGAUUCAAGGGCCAUCCAUUUUCUCAGCACAGCCUCUCACUGAACCACCCAAAUGUGUAAAAGGUUUCCAAUCCCUACCAAAUUCAUCAAAUCUCAGACUUCCAAAGUCAAGGAUUUUCAAUGCCAGAGUCUUAGCAGGUAAUAAAACGUCUAUUACCAUUUCCGAAGAAGAAGAUGCAAUUGGGAAUUUCCUGAAUAGAGACUAUAAAUGGGGUUUCAAUCAAGAGAUUGACUCCUUUGCGCUCCCAAAAGGUCUAUCCGAGGAAACCAUUAGGUUUAUUUCUGCUAGAAAGAACGAACCCGAUUGGAUGCUUGAAUUCAGAUUGAAAUCAUAUGAGAAAUUUCUGAAUAUGAAAGAACCAAAAUGGUCUGAUAACAGGUAUCCAAAGAUUGAUUUCCAGGAUAUCUGUUACUACUCCGAACCUAAAAAUAAACCAACUUUGAAUAGUUUAGAUGAGGCUAACCCUGAGCUGAUUAAGUACUUUGAAAGGCUAGGCAUUCCUUUGAACGAAAGAAACCGAUUAGCUAAUGUAGCAGUUGAUGCUGUACUUGACAGUGUUUCAAUCGCAACCACACAUAGGGAAACCCUAGAGAAAUCUGGAGUAAUUUUCUGUUCAAUUUCUGAAGCCAUUAGGGAAUACCCAGAUUUGGUCAGGAAAUACUUGGGAAGAGUAGUUCCCCCUGAAGAUAACUUUUACUCUGCAUUGAAUUCUGCCGUGUUCAGUGACGGGUCAUUUGUGUACAUUCCUAAAAAUACGAGGUGCCCGAUGCAAAUAUCGACCUAUUUUAGGAUAAAUGCUAUGGAAACUGGCCAAUUUGAGAGGACUUUGAUAAUUGCAGAGGAGUCCAGCUUUGUGGAGUAUUUGGAAGGGUGUACUGCUCCUGAGUAUGAUACUAAUCAGUUACACGCGGCAGUAGUUGAGUUGUUCUGUCAAGAAAGUGCUGAGAUUAAGUACUCAACCGUCCAAAACUGGUAUGCCGGUGACGAAAUGGGAAGAGGGGGCAUAUAUAACUUUGUGACGAAGAGGGGACUUUGUGCGGGUCGGCGGGCAAAGAUAUCAUGGACACAAGUGGAGACCGGAUCCGCAAUUACGUGGAAGUACCCGAGUGUUGUUCUUGAGGGAGAUGAGUCGGUUGGCGAGUUUUAUUCGGUUGCGUUGACAAAUAAUUGUCAGCAAGCUGAUACAGGGACUAAGAUGAUACAUAAGGGGAAGAACACAAGGAGUAGGAUAGUCUCUAAGGGUAUUUCUGCCGGACGAUCCUGUAAUUCUUACAGAGGGCUUGUUCAAGUGAUGUCAAGUGCAGAUAAUGCGCGCAACUCUUCACAAUGUGACUCUAUGCUUAUUGGAAAUAAUGCUGGAGCUAACACUUAUCCUUACAUUCAGGCAAAGAAUCCCACAGCUCGGAUAGAACACGAAGCGACAACAUCAAAAAUUGGGGAUGACCAACUGUUCUACUUCCAGCAGAGGGGAAUCGAUUAUGAAAAGGCCAUGGCGGCAAUGAUAUCUGGGUUUUGCAGGGACGUUUUCAAUGAGCUCCCUGAUGAAUUUGGUGCGGAAGUGAACCAGUUGCUGAGCUUGAAACUCGAAUCAUCUGUGGGUUAGGCAAAGCAUCAAGGCACGAGGAUAUUCCCGAUAAGUAAUGGUGGUCUGCUUGAUAAAUUACGAAUAAUAUUUACAUAAUAAAUUUUUACUUAGUUUCCACAUAUACCUUUGCCUGAAAAUCUUUGUAGUAUUUACUGCUGAUAGAUUCAGUUGUUGUAAUUAGUUUAAAAUUUCACCACAAACUAUAUUGUGCACUCUCGUAUGUACGUGUAUGUCUAGUUGUAUUUUUGUAAAUUACUUGUAGUUGCAAUGCUAAUUUACUCUUCUCUUUAUGUGCUUUUU